UUGAAGAGAAGUCAUGUUCCAGCUCCGUUGAGUAUGGAUAUUUCCAUUAAUCCCAAGCCGAUGAUUCAAUCAGCUCCUUUGAUAAGCAAGUUCAAAGUCAAUCCAUCCAAGAAAUUCCAGACCACUCCUAUUUCUAACGUCAAGUUUCCAACCUACUUGACCCCCCAUAAAUCAUCACCAUAUAACCUGAAAAAGAGAGUGAGGGUGAUACCUCAGCAUCCUUAUACAACAACGUCUCCUUUCUUCCCAAGGUCAAGAUAUUAUUAUCAGCAGUAUACACCACAGCCAUCUGCAAACACCUACACCAGAGUUUAUCCAUUUCUCCCUCCUCUUCAAUCACAGCACUUUCUGAGCGGGCCAAUACAAGCUCAAGCUCAAGCUCAAGUACAAGCCCAGGCUCAAGUUCAAGUACAAGCCCAGGCUGAAGCC